GACACAAAACGCUGAUAAUCAUUGGCUACCGGUUUUGAUUUGGAUUUAGCGUUGUGUUGUGUUGUACUCCAAUUCAUUCGAUUCUUCAUUCUUACAAUUUUCUGUCACAUUUUCAUUUUUCAAUUCAACCUCAAUUCAAUUUUCCUUCUCUUGUUAUCACGUUCCCAUCAACAACAAAAUAAAAAUAAAAAAUUUACCUUCAUUCACAAUCCAAUAAUAAAUCAGCCCACCAACUUUCACUCUCACCCUUUUUUCUGGGUCCAAAAAAGUUUAAUUCUUUUUCUCCAGAUCUCAGAUUUUUCCUUCACAACUCCAUCAAAACCUUAAAAAAAAAAUCUUGAUUCGUGUUGAUGUGAGUCUUGAAAGGGGUAAAAAAAAUUCUAACACAAUGUUAGGGGCAGUUCAAUUGGGGUUAUUUGCAGCAUGUAUAGUGUUGUUUGUUCCUAUGGGUAUGGCUGGUUGGCAUUUGAGUCGUAACAAAGUUCUCUUUUUUAGUGGUGCACUUUUCAUCACUCUUGCAGUUGGUGUUCAUCUAACUCCUUAUUUUCCAUCUGUUUCUGAUUUCAUUACAUCUGUUAAAUCAUCUUCUGUUGUUGUUGUUGAUGAUGAUGAUGUUGUUGUUGUUGAGGAUCGUGAUUCAUGUGUUUCUUUGCUUCAUGAAAUUGCUUGGGAGGUUAUGCCAAGGGAUUCACAAGCUAGAAUCUUUACACUUUCUUUGUUGAGUUUGGUUUUGGAUUCGGAACGUGUUGAAUCUGUUAGGAGUCUUUUGUUUAAGAGGCAUAGUGAUUAUCACAUUGUGGUUGAUGAGAUGGGUUUGAAAUUGGAUUUCAUUUGGGCACCUUAUCCUUCUAAUUUGACUGAUUUAGUUUUGGAGUUUAAGCAUAAACAUUUGUAUCCAGAUGUUUUGGUGAUGGGUUCUGGUUUAUGGCACAUGCUUCACAUUACAAAUGCUUCUGAUUAUGGUGUUUUGUUGAGGUUGUUAAGAAAUUCUGUGACAUCGAUGUUGCCUGUUCCGCCGAAAUUCGGCAACGACGGACCUGUGGUGGGUUCUGUUUCGUCGGUUAGAUCUCCACAUUUGUUUUGGCUAGGCAUACCAACUUUGAUAAACUCAAUGUUGAAUACAAAGGAGAAGAGGGAGAAGAUGAGUGAUGUAGUGCAAGGUGAGUAUACGAGAGAGGUUCGGAAAAGUGGUAUAUUGAGGGAGUUUGGUGGUCCGUUUCGACUACUUGAUAUAGGGUCAUUGAGUUUGAAUUGUGGAAUCAAAUGUACAGAUGAUGGAAUGCAUUAUGAUGCAGAUGUUUAUGAAGCUGAACUUCAUGUUAUGUUCAAUGCAUUGCUUAUAGAAUCUCAUCAGAAGCUCUGAAAUAUACUAAAUUACUAAUAUGUAUGUGUUUAGAAACGAAAAGUUAAGCAGUUGCAACGUGCGUUAAACCAGAAGCUACGCCUUAGAGGGUUGGUUUGAUGUGCAAUGAGAGAUGUCAACAAACGCAGAAGCAAGCAUCUGUCAUGUAGCAUUGGUUAUUGGAUCCCUCUGUGAUGUGGGAUAUAUACACAGAUACGAUACCUGCAAUGAUUUUGAUUAGUUAUUCUUCCAUCAUAGCUUGCAAAUUUUUGCCAGGUUGGUUCAGGGACUUAGAUUCAAUUAGUUUUAGAGUGAUUUUUAUAGUAAAUCACAUUUGAAAUUCUUUUGUUUUUCUUUCUUUUUAUAUUGUUCCACUGUAUGCUAACAGCUCAUGUAUUAGUCCCCAAAGUUGGAAACUCAAAUUUCUGUACAAACAGUUCAUACAUGCUUUUAACCACAAUUUAAUUGGGAUUCAUUUCUAAUUUCUUUA